GCUGGAUAUGACACAAUCAAUUCUGUUCACCAUUUUUCCAUCCCUGGAUCAUUCUCAGAAAACGCAACAGGACAGUUCUCAAAUUUCCGUCUCAGCAGCAAUGUCCAUGUGCCCGGUCGCUGGGCCUUCAGGACAGACCAUGGAUCAAGAGGCUGUACUUUCAACAAUUUACCAGUGCAGCUUGGUGAUUCCUUCUGGAGUGACAGGACCUGUGCACAGAAGUGCACAUGCACCUCAGCAGGCCUGCAGUGCCGCAACCAGCCGUGCUCCUUUUCACAGAUCUGCCAGCAAACUUCCUUCCAGUUUUCUUGCCAGACAGUGCAGAGACGCACUUGCACCAUAAGUGGUGAUCCUCAUUACUACACCUUUGAUGACACAGUGUUCCACUUUCAGGGCACUUGCACCUAUGUUCUCUCUGAGCAAUGCAAUAGUGGACUGCCCUACUACAGAGUAGAAGGCAAAAAUGAGCACAGAGGCAGUACUCAAGUCUCUUGGACACGACUGGUAAAAGUGCAUGUCUACAAUGACACAAUUGAGCUUGUCAAAGGACGUCGUGGUCAGGCAAAGGUUAAUGGGAACUUUGCAUCCACUCCAUUCUCCCUUAGCAAUGGCACCGUGCAAGUUUAUGAGUCAGGUUUUUCUGUGGUCGUCAGCACUGACUUUGGUUUAGUGGUGUCUUAUGACACAAAUCAUUAUGUCCAGAUCAGCUUGCCCUACACUUAUCAGAAUACAACAUGCGGUCUUUGUGGAAACUUCAACAAUCAACCUCAAGAUGACUUUCGCACACGCCAGGGCCAGCUUGUGAGCUCUGAUGUGGUUUUU